GAUUUCCAAGAUCCCGAGUGGUUUGCUGAUGAACAGAGCGAGGAAGAGGAAGAAGAUGAGGAAGAUGAGUCUGGGGAAGAGGAGGAGGAAAACGAGAUGGAGUCUGGGCUGAGUGAUUCCAGCCAAGUUGCAGCUACUAGCAACGCAACAACAGAGAAAAUCUUAGAAGGAUUCAAAACAUGGCUUCAAGGGAUUGACGGAGGACGUAGAGACCUUCAAACAUCCCGAAAAUACUGUUCACAAGUCUCGGCAAUAAUACGUGCUGUCRACCCAGUACAAGGGACUGUUGCUUCUCUGUUAGAUAUGAAAAACCUUCGUGACAAAUGGCUAACUCCCCUGGAGAAGAAAAGAAAACCUGGUACAUGCAAAAGCUAUCUUGGUUUUUUGUCAAAGUUCCUACGAUUCCUGAUAGUAGAGAAUCCAAGUGAAAUAGUACAAAAUCAAGAACAUGCUCAGAAGGUCAAAGAGCAAGUUAAUGAAUGGAUGAGUUCAUACAAUGGCCCUAUUGCACAGCGUCGCUGGGAAAAGCAAAUAGAGGAUCUCGAGAAGCUAAUAACACCUGCAGAUAUUCAGACAUUCGAAAAAUCAGAUAAUGCACGUAAAGCAGUAUCAAUCUUGGGAAAAAGCAUUGGUUCUACUGGUGAUGUCCCACCGACUCAAUCAGAGUGUUGCCUUGUUCGUGACUUCCUCUUAACAAGUCUUAGCAUUAACAACGCAUGCCGGGCUGGGCCAUUGUCUGGUAUGACCAUGGGAGAGCUGAGUAAGGCCAAGAAAGAAAAGGGAUCAUAUGUGGUGACAGUCUUCAAUCACAAGACCUUAAAAGCGCAUGGUCCAGCCACAGUGGUACUAAGUGAAACACUAAACAAAUGGGUUCUUGUCUUUGUGGUGCACAUGCGCAACCAUAUUCCUGGAGCUUCACGUCGAAAGGAUGAGCACGUUUUCCCAAGUUGGUCUGGAAAAGCGAUGUCUUCAUCUAUGGUCUCAGCACAAAUUAACUCUUUGUGGCAGAAGUGUACAGGUAAUCGUAAAGAAAGGGUAAAUGCCGCUUCCUUCAGGAAAGCAGCUGUUUCUGUCGUUCAUGAAAACCAUUCUCAUCUUAAAGGCAAACUUGCUGAUCUAAUGAGUCACAACCAGAAGACAGCCGAGAAGUUUUACCUCAUCAGACGAAAGCAGAAAAAUGCCGCCAAAACAUCAGAGAGCUUACAAGAUAUCUGGAAAGGAAAAUCAGCUAGAGAUACACGUAAUGGCAAGAGCUGCCAAUCCAUUACUGGUGAAGCGAACGAAGCAGAAAGUGAUUGUAAGGAGAAGGGGGAAGAAAUGGCACAAGAAAAUGUAAGCGCACAUGCAGAUUUGAAAGAGGGAACACCUACCUCGCCUGUUGAUCGACAUGCUUGGACAAAAGCAGAAGAAGACGAGCUCGUUAGAGUCUUUAAGAAAAUUAUAGAGGAAAGAAGCAUCUCUCUAGAAGAGACAAGAGACAGAAUUAAAGACAAUAACAUUCUAAAGAAGAUCAGAGAUACCAAAGUGCGUGACAAAGUCCGUUCAUUGUUUAUCAAGUUCGUUGGUGAUGACAACUGUGUUCAGCUUCCAAGUGAAGUGGAGACC